AUGAUCAAAAAAAUAUUUCACUAAUAAGAUUUUGAGCUAGUUUUCUACAAAAUGUUCCUGUUACUAAAAUAUCUAAUCCAGGUUUUAAAAUAUGAUGAACUGGAUAGUAUUAUAUUUUAAUACCUGGAUUAUGUUUAGCUUAAAACGAAAAAAACAAAUUAAAAUAUUUAUGAAAAAGUAUGUAAAGGAACUAUUCAAUAAAAUUCAUAAAUUCAAUAUAAUAUAUAAUUAUAUAUAGUAUAAAAAGUGUUCAAAUACAAUAUUCAAUAUUUUUUCAAAUUUUUGAGGUUUCUCAAUAAUCUUCAUUAAAACAAAAUAAGAAAAAUCUUACUGAUAGGGUGGCGGGAUAACACUUUUUCCUAUAUCUUAAGUCUAAUUUAUACUUGUUGA